GCCCCUGUGCUCUGAAGUAUCAUGCCGAAGUAUUCGGGGAAGCAAGACAAGCAGAGCACCGAAGAGGGAAGACGAAAGCUACGAAGGCCUUUUCAGCCAGGCAGCUGGCACUCGCAGCUGGGAGACUCGGCUCCGAGUCCGUGGUCAAGCUCGUCAAACGGACGACCCCGCGGACCAGGUGGCUUUGCUCUACGGCUCCCCAUGUGUUUCUGAUCAGCAGAAGACAUGUGCUGGGCAACGACCCGAGAAGCUAGCUCGUGGGAUCGGACGAGGGUUGUGCUCGCCAUCAAUGGAGACGGACAAGUCCAUCUUCAACGGCUAUGCAGGCACUCGUUCCCGACCCUGGCAAGGGCCUCCCUAUGCCAUCGACCAGGAUGCAUUGCCACAAGCUGCCCAAGUCCGCAGGGCUGCGCAGGCAGUUCUCCGCGUGGAGGCAAAGCGUCGAGCCGUGGCGAAGAAAGCUGCAAAGCAGGUUCAGGCUUUGUUGCGCCAGCUACAGCGAAACGAAGCGAGUAGACCUUUCCACUUAAGGCAGCGGCUGGAGGAGGAGCAGCGAGCCGCUCGCGCAGGAGAUUGCGAAGUUCUGGAGUGGUUGCUGUCGAGCAGCCGAGUGCAGCAGCGACAUGCAGCUAGGACCCAGCAGCACUUCGAGAAUAUGCAGGCGCUGCUGUCUCGAAGUGAGGCCUUCUCCAGCGAGGCUCCUCGAGAAGGCCUGGAGAAAGAGCCUCAGCGCGCUUACUUCCGUGGGCAGCUUGCAGGAUUGAUUCGCAGCAACCCGCAGCUAGAUUUCUGUUUCCUACAAGGGCAUCUACCGGCCGAGGUUGCCCCCGAAGCCUCGGGUGCAUGGAACGUAGUAUUGCGGCCUCACCAGCGACAAGCGUGGCAGUAUUUCAGCCUUCGCAACGAUCCAGGCGCAGAGGACCCAGCAAAGCGCUGGCGGGCGGGCCACGACACCGCGGACGGGUUGGAGCACGUUUGGGAAGACACUGUUGCAGAGGUGACUGCUAAUGGGCCCUUCUUCGCCACGGUGGGUUUCAGUCAGGGUGCAAAUGUCGCCGCAGCUUUGCUGGCGAAGCAGGCCUGUUCCAAGACGGACUUGGGCUUUCGCUGCACGGUGAACCUCUGUGGUGGAAUCUGGGGGUUCUGGGACAAGACUCCGCGCUCCUGGUGGUCCUCGGGCUCCCCUCCGCAGCUUCCAAUUAGAGGCGUUCCGUCUUUGCACAUCUUGGGCCGUGCCGACCCCUACUUGGCGCAGUCGAGAUACCUGGUGGAGAGCUAUGUCCCUUGCGAGGGGCGGCGCGUGCUUGAGCACGAAGGCGGUCACACGCCUUUUCCGUUUGACAGGGACAAACGCCUGGAUGUAAUUCGGGAUGCGCAGAACAGCUUGGAAGAGCUGGAAAGAUCCCCAAGGCUCCAUUACGAGGACUUCGAUCGCCGCAAUAUGUCCAAGCAGAUCACGACCGAAGUGCCGGUCCUUCUGCUGCGACAUCCAAUUCGCGAGUAUCAGCACAUAGGCGGGCAUCCCGGCCUGCACUGGCUCGCCACUCUGCACGACAAACAGUUUAAUGGCAUACUGGCUGACGAGAUGGGGCUUGGCAAAACCAUUAUGACCAUUGCGCUGCUGGCCCACCUUGCUGUUCAGAACCUCGGCAGUAUGUGCUUGCUCCUUCUGUUGAAAGUUCAGUUUGAUGCCGGCAUUCUUGCGAGGAAAGAGGUCUGGGGUCCUCACCUGGUCGUGGUUCCCACCUCGCUGCUCAUGAACUGGGUAAAGGAGCUGCAAAAGUGGGCUCCAGCACUGCAGGAACGCCGCGACAAGCGACGCGGAUGGGGCGGUGAAGAUGCUUUUCAUGUUUGUGUGGCUUCGUAUACUGUGGUGCUGCAGGAUCUUCGGCCUUUGCCGCUCGACAGGUCGAACUAUCGUUCCCAGAAAUGGCAGCAGCUGAUGCGCUUUAAAUCCGAGCGCCGUUUGCUGCUGACAGGGACACCUUUACAGAACAAUCUGACGGAGCUGUGGUCCCUGCUGCAUUUUCUUAUGCCGGACAUGUUUCAGUCUUACACAGACUUCAAGGAAUUUUUCGCAGACCCUCUGCACCUGGCCUUGCACGAACACCGUGUGAAACAGGAGCAGGAGCUCCGAGUAGAGCUUGUGGCGCGACUACACAAGGUCAUCCGACCCUUUCUGUUGCGAAGGUUGAAGAGCGAGGUGGAGCGUCAGUUGCCAAAGAAGCACGAACACGUUGUAUCCUGCCCUCUAUCCCGGCGCCAGCAGGUCCUCUACGAGGAAUUUAUGAGAAGGCGCCAGACGCAACAGAUCCUCAAGAAAGGAAAAGUGUGUAAUCAUCCAGAGCUCCUGGAACCUCGGGGUGCAGAUACUUCCUUCGUCAUGAAUCCUUUGGCCGUCAAUCUUCCGCCACUGGUGUCACUGGACUUGUGGCUGAAUGUGGCUGGGAGGAUUUCUUUGUGGAAGUUCGAGCUGAUGUUGAAAACCCAGAGUCACAAAGCUCUGCCAAUCUCGGAGGUGGUGGAAAUGAGCCUGGACCAAGCUCCGAAGAGGAGGCGCGUGUCGGAAGCAGCAGCCGAGUUGAGGUGCCAAGUCUCACCGGGCAGCCGGGAGUUUCUAGAUGAGUGGCACUUGCAGAUGUGCCGCGUGGACGAAGAGCGGAAACGCGAACGCUGCAGUGCUGUCUCUGCUGUCGAUCUGUUGAUGCAGCUGGUUUCCGAAGGGCGUCCUUGGAUCGGUGCAGAUGGUAUGGAGCUGCUCUCACUUCCUUGCAGAUCUGGGACGGCCUUCAGCCUGACCAAGCGCCUGCCACCGCGGCCGUUCAUGUGGCCAGAGUUGCAACGGUCCUCCUCCAUACAACUCUCACCAGCUUCGCGACAGCUUGUCCUGCCAGAGGAGCGUCGGAGGAAAAGGAGGUGUUGGAGCUGGGAGCUCGAUGGGGCGCUUGCUGCGAUGUCUUGCAGCAUCCUUCGCGAUCUCGAGAGCAACGUUGCAACACGACUGGGCAUGUGGGCAUUUCGAGUGCCUCGCGUUCAGGUUUCGUCAAGUGGUUCUGCUUUCGGCGAACCAAAGGCUGCGAACACCAAAGACAGGCUCGCUGUGCAAUGCUGCUUGCUGCCGUCACCGAUGGAGCUGACAGGAUCCGGCCUAGAGGAAUGGGAGACUCGGCACUUGACGUGGGCGGCCGAGAGGUCGAAGGAAAUUCCACGAUGUCACAUUUAA